CGCACUGGAGUUAGCGCCGGGCAGGGAGGAAGAGCGAGCGCUGCCGGAAGCGGCGGAGCGGCGGCGGCGCCGGGAGCCCGCGGUGUCCCGCGGGCAGCAAUGUAGCUGGGUGACAGCGGCCGGAGCGCGCCGCCUCCGCUGCCAGCGGGCCGGUGCGGCGGGUGGGCAGCUUCUCAGGGGAGGCGGCAGCCGCGCCUCGUCUCGCCGCUCCCCCGCUUUCCCCUCUGCCCUCGGCGCCGUCUCUCGGCGCGGCCCUCCCUCCGUUCCUGCCUCUCUCCGCCGCCGGCCGGGGGGCUGCGGCCGCCACCGCUGCCAUGGGGCUGCCCACGCUGGAGUUCAGCGACUCCUACUUGGACAGCCCGGAUUUCAGGGAGCGCCUCAAGUGUCACGAGAUCGAGCUGGAGAGGACGAACAAGUUCAUCAAGGAGCUGAUUAAGGACGGAAGCCUCCUCAUCGGGGCCCUGCGAAAUUUAUCCAUGGCAGUACAAAAAUUUUCACAGUCUUUACAAGAUUUUCAGUUUGAGUGUAUUGGAGAUGCUGAAACUGAUGAUGAAAUUAAUAUUGCCCAGUCAUUGAAGGAGUUUGCUCGGCUCCUGAUUGCUGUUGAAGAGGAGAGAAGACGACUGAUCCAGAAUGCUAAUGAUGUGCUAAUAGCACCGCUGGAGAAGUUUCGAAAAGAGCAAAUAGGAGCAGCAAAAGAUGGGAAGAAGAAGUUUGACAAGGAAAGUGAGAAAUACUACUCCAUCUUAGAGAAGCACUUAAAUUUGUCAGCCAAGAAAAAAGAAUCUCAUUUGCAAGAUGCAGAUACACAGAUUGACAGAGAACAUCAGAACUUUUAUGAAGCAUCAUUGGAAUAUGUUUUUAAAAUCCAAGAAGUACAAGAGAAAAAGAAAUUUGAAUUUGUAGAACCUCUCUUGGCCUUUCUUCAAGGAUUAUUUACAUUUUACCAUGAAGGAUAUGAACUGGCACAGGAGUUUGCACCAUACAAGCAGCAACUGCAGUUCAAUUUGCAGAAUACUCGGAAUAACUUUGAAAGCACUAGGCAGGAAGUGGAGAGACUCAUGCAGAGAAUGAAAUCAGCCAACCAAGAUUACAGACCACCAAGCCAAUGGACAAUGGAAGGCUAUCUCUAUGUGCAGGAGAAACGACCUCUUGGAUUUACAUGGGUAAAACAUUACUGCACUUACGACAAAGGAACAAAAACUUUUACAAUGAGUAUAGCUGAAAUAAAAUCUGGUGGAAAAGUGAAUGGCCUUGUCACAAGCUCACCAGAAAUGUUCAAGCUAAAAUCUUGCAUCAGGAGAAAGACAGAUUCAAUUGACAAACGUUUCUGUUUCGAUAUCGAAGUAUUUGAAAGACCUGGAAUCAUCACACUACAAGCUUUUUCAGAAUCCAAUCGAAAACUUUGGCUAGAAGCUAUGGAUGGAAAGGAACCAAUCUACACACUACCAGCCAUUAUUAGCAAGAAGGAAGAAAUGUUCUUAAAUGAAGCGGGUUUCAACUUCGUGAGGAAAUGUAUUCAUGCUGUAGAAACAAGAGGUAUUACAAUCCUUGGGCUGUACAGAAUAGGUGGUGUAAAUUCCAAGGUGCAAAAGCUGAUGAAUACCAUAUUUUCCCCUAAAUCACCUCCUGAUAUGGAUAUUGAUAUGGAAAUUUGGGACAAUAAGACAAUAACAAGUGGACUAAAAAACUACCUCAGGUGUCUUUCAGAACCACUCAUGACUUUCAAGCUGCACAAAGAUUUCAUUGUUGCUGUUAAGUCAGAUGAUCAGAACUACAGAGUUGAGGCAGUGCAUGCACUUGUGCAUAAAUUACCAGAGAAGAACAGAGAGAUGCUGGACAUCCUUAUUAAGCACUUGGUCAAGGUAUCAUUGCACAGUCAACAAAAUCUAAUGACUGUAUCCAACCUUGGUGUUAUCUUUGGACCAACUCUGAUGAGAGCACAAGAAGAAACCGUGGCUGCUAUGAUGAACAUUAAGUUUCAGAAUAUCGUCGUUGAAAUUCUGAUAGAGCAUUAUGAAAAGAUAUUUCACACUGCACCAGACCCCAAUAUUCCUCUUCCCCAGCCUCAGUCCCGAUCGAGUUCAAGAAGAACAAGAGCAAUUUGUCUCUCCACAGGCUCACGUAAACCCAGAGGAAGGUACACACCAUGUCUAGCAGAUCCUGACAGUGACUCAUACAGCAGUAGCCCCGACAGCACUCCCAUGGGCAGCAUCGAAUCUCUGUCUUCUCACUCCUCCGAGCAGAACAGCACCACCAAGUGCACGCCCUCACAGCCAAGGGAGAAAUCAGGAGGGAUUCCAUGGAUUGCCUCUCCCGCUUCUUCUAAUGGCCAGAAAAGUUCAGGCCUGUGGACUACAAGUCCAGAAUCCUCAUCAAAGGAGGAUGCAACCAAAACAGAUGUGGAAUCAGAUUGCCAAAGUGUAGCUUCUGUCACUGGACCAGAAAAUGCCUCUCCACCAACAGACCUGACCAAAAAGAGUUCCUACAGUCUGUCUGGCUUGAAAAGGUCUUCAGCAUCUUCCCUUAGAUCAAUUCCAUCAGCUGAAGGUAACAAAAGCUGCAGUGGAUCUAUACAGAGCUUAUCUUCAACAGAUACCAAAGAUACACUAAAGGCUCCACCAAACCCUGACUUGCCUCCCAAAAUGUGCAGGAGAUUAAGAUUAGAUACGGCAUCCAGUAAUGGCUAUCAAAGACCAGGAUCUGUAGUGGCUGCAAGAGCGCAGUUGUUCGAAAGUGCUGGUUCACUUAAACAAAUUUCUUCAGGACGACAAGCAAAAGCCAUGUAUUCCUGUAAGGCUGAGCAUAGUCAUGAGCUGUCUUUCCCACAGGGGGCAAUAUUUUCCAAUGUGUAUCCAUCAGUGGAACCAGGCUGGUUAAAGGCAACUUAUGAAGGCAAAACAGGACUAGUUCCUGAGAAUUAUGUUGUCUUCCUCUAGUACUCUUUAGUGGACAGCAAUAUCUUCAUGGUAUCCAUGCACAGAUGAUAUUAACAACUUUGAUUUCUAUGAUAACCAUCAUCUGGAAGAUAUUCUCUCUGUGUCCCAGAACAUCUGUAGAAAACAAGGAGAUUCUGAAUCUGGACUGAUUGGUAGUCAUGUGAAGUGAGCAGUGAAAAACAGCAGUGUGUUUUGAAACCUGAGAUAAAUCAUAACUAAUUCUUUUUCCAUUGCAAGUAAGACAAAUAACCUGUGAACUAGCCAAUUUUAUAAGCUAUGAAUGCUAAAAGCUCCAUGUAGCAAUAAAACUACUUAGUGUUAUUUCUCCUGACUUCUGCUAAAAUAUUUGACAAAUAUUCUCUCCUUACUUUUCAAAGGUGUUGAAAAGACCUAUUGAUUGCUCCUGGUAGGACUGAAAAGGAAAAAUAAAUAAAUAUAUAAAACCAAGUCAAAGAAAACCCCAGAAACCAUAAGUAGCUUUCUCAAUCUGAGCAGUUUUCUUACACACCUUGAGGGAAAACAUGCACUGCUUACUUGGCUACUUACCAUUCCUGACUGAAAACCGAGACAUCUAACCUCCAUCUUAGUAUUUCUUCAACACCAGUGCUUCCAAAAGAAUUCACUGGCUCAUAGAACUAUCUCGGCUUAGUUUCAUAGAUCUCUCAAAGCUCUGUUCUUUCUUCAGUAGCAGAAAUCAACAUAUAAAUCAUCUCUUGAUUUCUAACUUGUGCACUGCUUGAAGGAAGAGCUGCUGUUGGGGCUAAAAACAUCAGUAAUUUUUUACCUGCUGCUUUUUUCUUUCCAUAGCCUUUUUCUAAAUUGAAAAGUAAGAUUGAUUGCCAACACAAAGUAGCACAUCAGAACUUUCUUUACUUAUAUAUAGUGCAUGAAUUCUUCAGAGCAAUUGCUGGAUUUCAGGCUGGUGGCAGAAUCCUGCAGGAUCUUUCUCCUCACUAAUUCAAUUAUUGAGUGAUGAUCUGAGAAAGAGAGAGGCUCAAAGAACAUCCUUCCAAAUAUUUUUUUUUAUAGGGGAGGUCUGAGCAAGACUGGCUGCAGGCAGCUGAGGACAGAACUUAUGCAUUAGUGACUGAGUGACCUGGGUUCUUUCUUCACCCUAAACAGUUUUAUUAAUCCCAAAUUGUGAUGAAGGGUUGUUCCAGAUGUCACUGGCAGUGAAGACAGACAUGUGUGUGCUCAUCUAAUUUGCUCAGGGCAGAUGUGAAAGGAAGUGAAGGUCUUUCCUCAGCCAGUUGAAUCUUUCUUCAUUUUAAGGCAAGCCAAGUUUUCUUAGUCUAAGCUAUGCCUGAGACUGCCAUUGCUCCGAGAAGACCAACAUGGUUUUGGUUGUGUUUUUGCUGUAUUUCACAAUCAAAAAACUGUAGGCUGCCAAAAGGAUUGCCUCUAGUGACCUUCCCAGGAAAAGUGCUGCUGCAGGCCAAAAGGAGCAGAAAGCAGAGGCUGGGAGCCCAGCACAUCUCACACAGGCAGAAAAAUGCAGUGGUCAGGGGAAAAAAAUCCCAGCUUGUGUCUCUUGCAUGGGGGUCAGUAGCAAACCUGUAUUGCACAUCCUUUGAUGACUCCUCAUACUUCUUAAGGGCAAUUUAAUUGUUGUGGAAUUCUUGAGGAAUUGUGAAAGAGAAAAUGUAAAAAAUGUUUGCUCUUACUUGCUUUGUUCUAGCCUGAUUUAAAAAUAAGUGGGAAAAAAACCCCUAAGCUUAAGUAAUUUCACAUCCCCUGUAUGUGUCUCACAAUUCUGCAGUACUGUGUUUUGAAAGCAGCUGAUAUGAGUGCAAGCUAGAGAAGUCAAAGAUGCCAAGUUCAUUAAAAAUUUUGUAAAACUGCCAAGUUCAGUUACAGAUUAAGCAAGUAGAGCCUGUGAGGGCUGAGGGGAAGGUUGUAGACAGAUCUGGAGGAAUCCCUGUGGAGGAGAGGUGUUUCAUGUGUUCCCACGCAUUUGUCUCACAUUAGACCGAAAUUAGGAUUGGAGAAGACCAUAAGAAACUGGAUUCCAUUCAUGCUGCUCACAAAACAAAUCUGUGUUUUCCUCUCUAAUGCUCUGCAGCUUUCUCAGGCCCUUCUCCUGAACUAGCCAUAAAUAAUCUUUAAGUUAUUUAGCUUUAAAAUGGCAUUUCAAUCUGAAAAAGGUUAUGCCCAUUCUUACUUACAUGUAGCCACUCACUCUCCAGGAGCAGGGGUUUUCAUUUUUGGAACUCUAUGGUUUUUCCUGUACCCUCCUCUGCAGCAGGUAGUAGCACUUUCUGUAUGAUCUCACUGCUGGGUUGUCGGUGCCCCAGCCCAUCCCUGCCUUUAAGGAGGGAGUUUGUCUCUACAAGAAGCUGAACAGUGAACCAGAAAGCUGAGUAAGUAGGGAUGCAAAGACUGAAGUGGGGUAGGGGGCAGCACCAAAGCUUGUCUAAUGAUGAUACUCUCAGGCCUGACCAAAAAUCUUUUCUGACAAUAGCAAAGAAUCAGAAAUCCAUAUAACAUUUAAUGGAGAUAGAGUAUUUUGAUAAUGCCUUACUGGAAAAUUAGGCAAUCUGAAUUAAAUUAGCUCAUAAUAGUGAUUUACUAUUCUUCAUGGAAAUCAGACUCACUCUAUAAGCAAAGGUUAAACACUUUUUAAAAUUAUUAUUAUUAUUUUUAUUAUUAUUAUUAUUAUUACUAUCCUUCCUAAAAGGAUGCAGCAGGUUUGUUCCAAAUAUCACUGUAGAACUCAAGGUAGAUGAUACAUUGUUGUUGUUGUUGUUUGUCUUGUAGAAAUAAUGUCUGUACCCACAACAUAUAAUUAGCCAUGUUUUUCUUUGUUAAACUUUUUGAUACAUGUUGCAGCACAACAUGAAUCAAAUUAAUAGUGUGAAGGAUAUAUUGUAUGAUAGAUAUGUAAAGUAUAUUAAUAUUCUAUAUUCACACCUUUUGUUAAUGAUGAUAAAGAUUACAUUUUUUGUGUGUAAUUUCUUUGAGUUCAGUAUUAAAAUGUCCUUGCCAUAUUUUGGCAUUUAGAGUUAUAUGUAACAAAACUGUUAAAUUAAACCAUCUUUAUCACUUAUGUCCCUAACUAAUCUAUAAUGUUCAUUGUACAAUUAUUUCUGGAAAAGAAAGAUGCACAGAUUUGCUGACCAGCACUAUUCUAUGAUAGUAAUAGUAACUUAUUUUCCUUUUAUAUAUUUUCUGGUGCUAAUCUCUAUUCUUUGCCUGUAAUUGGAUUGAAUUGUAAUGUGCCUUUAGUAACGACAUGUUAGGAGAGGAAGAGCUGUAAAACUCUGCAGUUCAGAACAGUAAUUACAAAAAAAAAAAAAGGCACUGAAUGGUAAUAAUUGGAUUUUUUUGUUGUUGUUGUUAACUUUUCUCCCCUGGACUAUUUUCUACUUAAUAAGAUUGCAUCAGAAUAAAUAAUGAAACUAAAAAGCA